GCGAGAGUUCAAGCUGAGAAGCCGGAAAGCGGAAGUACUGGCGGUACAUGCCUGGGACUUUGAUGGAGCGCGGGAGAGGAAUGUGAUCACCGGCACCGCUUCUCUCGUUACCAUAGCAACUGUUGGGCAUCAGCAGCUGGGUCACCGAAUCAUGUUGCGUGUCCUUAAAUGCGGCUGGCGGCGGCUAUAGGAGCCAGUGACACCGUGUCCAGCACAAUGAAUAGGAAGAAAGGGGACAAGGGCUUUGAGAGCCCCAGACCUUACAAAUUGACCCAUCAGGUAGUCUGCAUCAACAACAUCAACUUCCAGAGAAAGUCCGUCAUAGGAUUUGUGGAAUUAACAAUAUGCCCCAUGGUAAGCAGUCUGAACAGGUUCAAGCUGAACAGCAAGCAAUGCCGAAUAUACAGAGUGAGGGUGAAUGAUCUAGAAGCUGCUUUCAUAUACAAUGACCCAACGCUGGAAGUCUGCCACCAUGAGUCCAAACAGAGGAAUCUUAAUUAUUUUUCCAAUGCGUACACAGCUGCAGUGACUGCGGUAGAUCCCGACGCUGGGAAUGGAGAACUAUGCAUUAAGAUUCCAUCGGAAUUGUGGAAGCACGUAGAUGAGUUAAAGAGCCUAAAGGUAUACAUUGAAUUCUCUUUGGAUCAGCCAAAAGGUGGACUCCAUUUUGUUGUGCCAGAUGUAGAAGGCAGCAUGGCAGAACGAGGGGCUCAUGUGUUUUCCUAUGGAUACCAGAAUUCCACAAGGUUUUGGUUCCCCUGUGUGGAUUCUUAUUCAGAGCUGUGCACGUGGAAGCUGGAGUUUACAGUGGAUGCCUCCAUGGUGGCAGUUUCUAAUGGAGAUUUAGUGGAAGCGGUGUAUACUCAUGACAUGAGAAAGAAGACCUUCCAUUAUACACUGACUAUUCCAACUGCUGCUCCUAAUAUCUCUCUUGCUGUUGGGCCAUUUGAGAUUCUCGUCGAUCCGUACAUGCACGAGGUGACCCAUUUUUGUUUACCUCAGUUGUUGCCGCUAUUAAAGCACACUACCUCCUACCUUCAUGAAGUGUUCGAGUUCUAUGAAGAAAUCUUGACAUGCCGAUAUCCGUAUUCCUGCUUUAAAACUGUCUUUGUUGACGAAGCUUAUAUAGAAGUGGCAUCUUAUGCAUCUAUGAGUAUUUUUAGCACAAACCUUCUGCACAGCUCCAUGAUUAUCGAUCAGACGCCCAUGACUAGGAGAUUUUUGGCACACUCUUUAGCCGAGCAGUUUUUUGGCUGCUUUAUUUCAAGGAUGUCCUGGUCUGAUGAAUGGGUGUUGAAAGGAAUAUCUGGCUACAUCUAUGGUCUUUGGAUGAAAAAAACAUUUGGUGUGAAUCAGUACCGACACUGGAUUAAAGAUGAACUGGACUCCAUUGUUGCCUAUGAACUGAAGACCGGUGGGGUUUUGCUCCAUCCAACAUUUUCAUCUGGGAAAGAGAAGGACAACCCAGCGUCCCAUCUGCACUUCUCAAUCAAACACCCGCACACAAUGUCCUGGGAAUACUAUAACAUGUUUCAGUGCAAAGCUCAUUUGGUCAUACGGCUCAUUGAAAACCGGAUCAGCAUGGAGUUCAUGCUUCAGGUUUUCAACAAGCUUUUAAGCCUGGCCAGCACGGCCUCGUCUCAGAAGUUCCAGUCCCACAUGUGGAGUCAGAUGUUGGUUUCCACAUCUGGCUUCUUAAAAUCCAUCUCCAACGUUUCUGGAAAAGACAUUCAGCCUCUAAUAAAACAAUGGGUAGAUCAAAGUGGGGUGGUUAAGUUCUAUGGCAGCUUUGCGUUUAAUCGAAAACGAAAUGUUUUGGAACUGGAGAUUAAACAAGACUACACCUCUCUGGGAACUCAGAAAUAUGUGGGCCCGAUUAAAGUCACUGUUCAGGAGCUGGAUGGGUCUUUCAACCACACACUGCAGAUUGAAGAGAACAGCCUGAAGCAUGACAUACCCUGUCACUCGAAAAGCAGAAGAAACAAAAAGAAGAAAAUCCCAUUGAUGAAUGGAGAAGAAGUUGACAUGGAUCUUUCUGCAAUGGAUGCCGACUCCCCGUUGCUGUGGAUAAGGAUAGACCCAGACAUGUCCGUGCUGAGGAAGGUGGGGUUCGAACAAGCGGAUUUCAUGUGGCAGUAUCAGCUACGGUAUGAAAGAGACGUGGUUGCCCAGGAAGAAUCCAUCCUUGCUCUCGAAUCCUUUCCCACUCCUGCAUCACGCUUAGCAUUGACGGACAUCCUUGAGCAGGAACAGUGUUUCUAUCGUGUGAGAAUGAUGGCAUGCUUCUGCCUCGCCAAGAUUGCUAAUUCAAUGGUCAGUACCUGGACUGGGCCACCAGCGAUGAAGUCCCUCUUUACCCGUAUGUUCUGUUGUAAGAGUUGCCCCAACAUCGUGAAGACGAAUAACUUCAUGAACUUCCAAAGUUACUUUCUACAGAAGACUAUGCCAGUUGCCAUGGCCUUGUUGAGAGACGUCCAUAAUUUAUGUCCCAAGGAAGUCCUUUUCUUUAUUUUAGACCUUAUCAAGUACAAUGACAACAGGAAAAAUAAGUUUUCGGAUAACUACUACAGAGCAGAGCUGAUCGAUGCGAUGUCCAACUCUGUAACACCCGCAGUGAGUGUUAACAACGAAUCCCGCACUCUGGAUAAUCUGAACGCAGAUGUCCGCCUGAUCCUUGAGGAAAUUACUCGUUUUCUAAAUAUGGAGAAGCUCCUGCCCAGUUACAGGCAUAUUAUAACAGUGAGUUGCCUGAGAGCCAUCCGUAUUCUACAAAAGAACGGCCAUGUUCCCAGCGAUCCAACGCUAUUUAAGUCCUAUGCAGAGAACGGGCACUUUGUGGACGUCCGAGUGGCCGCACUGGAAGCAGUUGUCGAUUAUACAAAAGUUGACAGAAGCUGCGAGGACCUGCAGUGGCUGCUAACCAUGGCACAGAACGAUCCUGUCCCGUAUAUUCGGCACAAGAUUUUCUACAUGCUCGCAAAGAAUCCCCCCUUCACCAAAAACACUGAGUCUCCUCUGUGCAAUGAAGCUCUAGUUGAUCAGCUUUGGAAGCUUAUGAAUUCAGGUACGUCUCAUGACUGGAGGUUAAGAUGCGGGGCUGUGGAUCUGUACCAUAUACUCUUUGGCCUCAGCCGACCUUCAUGCCUACCUCUCCCAGAGCUUGGAUUAGUGCUUAAUCUGAAGGAGAAGAAGGCUGUGUUGAACCCCACCAUCAUUCCAGAGCCAGUGGCCUGUAACCCAGAUCCGGUGCCAAGUGCCGGCAUGCACGGGCAAGUCACAGCAUUUCCGAGCAAUGAGGAAGAUUCCAAGGAAGCCGUGGCCAGUGUUCUGUCCCAAGGUGUGAAACGGAAAGCUGAGGCGUCUCUCGACUCAUCACUGGAGCCUGGGCAGGUACUGGAGAAGAUUGAGGACAGCAAUAAAGUCAAACUGAAAAUGAGAGAAGAAGAGGAGAUUGAUAUGGACACAGUGCAUGACAGUCAGGCGUUCAUAUAUCACCAUCUGAACAUGUUGGAGAGACCGUCAACACCAGGGAAGGAACAGUCCGGCUUGGACUUACAAAUGCCGCUGAUAUCUACACCCUUAUCAGCCUUUAUGAAGGAAUCCAGCUCAUCAAAGCACAGCGAUCACCAUCACCACCACCAUCAUGAUCACAAAAAAAAGAAGAAAAAGCACAAGCAUAAACACAAGCACAAACACAAGCAUGAAAGCAAAGAGAAGGAACGGGAGCUGCUUCCUUUCUCCAAUAGUCCUGCCAGCGGGCGCUCCAUCAAGUCUCCCUCACUUUCCGACUGAGCCUGCCAGAGCGGCUGCUAUGAGUAUAUGUGCUCGAUACUAUACAAAACAGUUCCAUAGCAGAGGUGUAACAAUAAACACAAAAUACCCAGUGCCUACUGGGAGACUUUAAA